CACCACCUUCUUCCUCUUCGUUUUGUUCUUCAUCUCUCUCUCUCUCUCACAUAACUUUUUCACUUCUUGACAUCUCUCAUAUCUGUACUGAUCCACUCGUCGCAUUCGAAUUCACUUUCGAUCCCCCCGCCACCCCAACCUACCCCCAUCCGCUCCUUUCCAUCUCUAUGUGCACAUACAUGCGUUAAACCUUUUCCUCAUAUCCACCAUGCAGCUUCGCUCGUACUUCGUAGGGGCUGCUCUUGCCCUCGGCGCCAAAGCCUUGCUGGUUAUCCCCGAAAUUCAGGGCGAGUCUAUCGCCCCCGAUAUCGAUUUGCCUCCCUUCCACCCUCUGGAGGUCUAUGCCCCUCAGCAGUCGCAAGUUGAGCUUGCCUGCACCGAAUGUCCCUUCCGGGAAGUCAGUGAGGACGGAGCAGUCAGCUGGACUGAUGGCCACAAGACCUCUCUCACACUCGACUUCACCAUCGAGAACGGCUUCCUCCUGGCCAACGGUCGUCAGAUCUUCCCUCCUCCCCCUCCGACUCUGAUCACCGCUGUCCAGCGCCGACUUUCCGAUGGCCAGGAAUCCGAGCCUAUCGCUGUCGGAUAUGCCGUCGAGGAAAUGCCUAUCCCGACUUUUCCGGACGACCCGAGGGAUCUCGUCGAAGUUCGAUUCACUGUUCUCGACCUGGACAGUCACCCGGUUCCCCUCGACACUGUGGCCUUGACUCUUAUCCACGAUGCCCACACCGGCGACUUGUUCAUGGCGAAGACCGAGAUUGAAGAGACCACCCCCGAUCGCGGCUCCUGGGCCCAAUGUCGGGGCAAGCCCAAGUGCCUCCGCAAGCUUCUCUUCGACCGCAUGCGCUCCUUGUUCGCCGCGGCCAAGGCCCGUAUGCUCGACUUCGCUUCCCAGCCCAAGGGCUAUCAUUGUGGUGGUACCCAUGGCUUCGAUCACGACCAUCCCCCUCACCCUCAGCAUCACCACGGUGAGCACGAUCACGGAAAGCUCGACCCCGAGGGAUUCCCGGGAGGAUUCCCUCCCUUCCCUCCGCUGGACGGGAAGGGCCAUCACGACUUCAAGGGCCACAUGAGCAAGUUUGACGGGCCUCAUGGUCAUCACAUGCACAACCAUCACCAUGACCGUUUGGCCCAUGCUCUGCACCGCGUGGUUCGCUUCAUCGUCGUCCCCGCUCUCCUCGGUGUCUUGGCUGGCUUGGCCGCGAGCGCGCUUGGAAUGUUGGUCGGUCAGAUCGUCGUCUUCAUGUGGCAGCGUCACCGCCGCUCUGCUCCCAGGCAGUCUGUCGAGCAGGGCACCGUUUUCGAAAAGCAGGGUCUCAUGGUGGAGACCUCUGACGAUUGCCCUCCUGCUUACAAUGACGAAGAAGCCGUGCUGAAGGAUGUCUCUGACAAGCACUGAUCGCUGGAUGAAGUAUCGGCUGGAACAACCUUAGCCGGGCUAGGACGAUUGAAAUCUCGUUUCUCACUUGGCCCCGGUGUAUUAGCUGGAGAAGGACUCUAGCAAGUUCUAGCAUAGAUCGGUGUCGGCAAGUCCUUGGCUGUGGUUCUUCGUUCGUAAUUGAUAUAGCCUCGUUCUACUUUUCCUUUGCUUCCUCCGUCUCUAUUUUUCCUUUAGCCGUGACUUCGUGCUUUUCUCCGAUCUGCUAAGAGCAGGUUUGGAGUAUGAAAAUGUUAGUCUUUAGGGUAACAUCUAUCACCCUUGUGUUCUAGGCACCGUAGGCAUGGGCCGUGAGGAUGACUCUUUCAACCUUGCAGUAGUUAGCGAAAUAUAAUCGAUAUUAUUUUUUUUUC